CGCCGGUUCCUCCGGCCCGGGCGAUGCGCGCGCGGUUGACAACAUGGACAUCUGCGUGUCAAUCCUGGAGAGGAAACGGCAUGACAGCGAGAGGUCCACGUGUAGCAUCCUGGAGCAGACAGACAUAGAAGCUGUGGAAGCUCUCGUUUGCAUGAGUUCUUGGGGUCAGAGAUCCCAGAUGAGACCCUCUGGUGACAUCACAAACACUGUGCUUAUGGACACAGCCGCACCUGACCUACCAAAGGACUUCCAUUCUUUUUCAACUCUGUGUAUAACUCCUCCUCAGAGCCCAGAGCUCAUGGUACCAUCGACAGGGACUCCUGUUCCUUCCCAAGUAACUAAUUCCAAAGAAUGCAUGGUCACCGCCAUCCCCCCGUCCCCCACUGUGUCUCCCAGAACGCUGAGCAGGAGGGAGCCUCUGGAGCCAGCCUCAGGGUCCUCCUGCAGGGCUGUGAUGACCAGUGUGAUCCGUCACACUGGGGAGGGUCCUGCUCCUGCGUGCUUUCCAACUGCCCCGGCUCAAGAGCAACAACCGCCUAGCAGCAGAGAAGGACAAGUAGAGAUGUUGGGCCAGUGUGAAGCUUUGCAAGACACUCGCUUGGCAGAUGGUUUGCUUGUUUCUAACUUGGUUUCCUGUCAGCCUUGCUUGCACAAGUCCGGUGUCCCGUUCCCCACAUACCAAGGCCAGCAGACAGGAUGGCCCGCCGCCAUUCAGACCUGCUCACCAAAGAAUUCUGAAAAUGACUCGUCGAGGAAAACCACCCCUCUAAUUUCUGUCCCUGUCUCCACUCCCCCAGUCCUUUGCCAAAUGAUCCCCGUGGCUGCACAAAGCAGCCUGUUCUCAGCCUUUUUAAAGACUCCUCCUCAGUUGUCUGCGGGGACUGUCAAGCCGAUCCUAUCCCAAGCUGCUGCGGUGCCCCAGCCCGUGUUCAUGGGCCCAUCCAUGCCUCAGGGAGCUGUGAUGCUGGUCUUGCCACAGAGCACCUUGCUCCAGCCUGCCACCUGCCUGUCCGGUGUCAUGGCCAGGAAUACCAAGCUGUUGCCCCUUGCUCCUGCGCCAAUGUUCAUCACCUCCAGCCAGAACUGUACCCCUCAGGUAGACUUUUCCCGAAGGAGGAACUAUGUUUGCAAUUUCCCAGGCUGCCGGAAGACGUACUUCAAAAGCUCCCACCUUAAGGCCCAUCUGCGCACCCACACAGGGGAGAAGCCCUUUACCUGCAGCUGGGAUGGCUGUGAGAAGAAGUUCGCAAGGUCAGAUGAACUGUCUCGCCACCGCAGAACUCACACUGGGGAGAAGAAGUUUGUGUGUCCUGUGUGUGACCGACGCUUCAUGCGGAGCGACCACCUGACAAAGCAUGCCCGGCGCCACAUGACCACCAAGAAGAUCCCGGGCUGGCAGGCAGAGGUGGGCAAACUGAAUAGAAUCACCCUAGCAGAGAAGUCCGGGAGCAUCCUUGAACCCUUGCCAGCCUCGGGCUGA